AUGACCGUCACUCCAGCAGCCAUGAUCCACCUCGAUGGCAGUACUCUCGAAGGGGGCGGCCAGCUCGUUCGUAUCGCAGUAGCGCUCUCCGCCCUCACCGGCAAACCGGUCAACGUCACGAACAUUCGCGGCAACCGACACGGUAAAAAGGGCCUCAAGAGAUCGCAUGUGGCCGCCGUACAGUUCCUAGCGCAGCUGACGGGGGGCUCGGUCUCUGGCGCAGAGGUCGGAUCGUCCAUACUCAGCUUCUAUCCCGCGCAGCCCCUGUCCAGUCGGGAUGGUGGAUCGCGAGUCCAACGCGACGUCCAGAUCGAGCUGCCAACGGCUGGCUCAAUCUUUCUCGUCUUCCAGGCCAUCUAUCCCUAUCUCUUGUUUGCCUGCGAAAGCCCGAGACGUCUGACCAUCACAGGGGGCACUAACGUCUCCUUCUCUCCGUCCUUUGAUUACGUCGCCCAGGUUCUGAUGCCCAAUUUCUCGAGGCUCGGCCUCCCUCCGCUGGCAGUCAAUCUGGAGAAAAGGGGAUGGGCUGUAGGUCCGACUAGCCUGGGUAGAGUGACGUUGGUGAUCGAUCCUCUCGGCGCGCAGGACCGGCAAUGUCCCCGAUUCCCCCCGAUUGAUCUCGCUCAGUUCCAACGCGGACAAGUGACUCGAGUUGAUAUCACCGUCCUAGGUCCGGACGAUCCGCUGGAAGAAGGGCCCAGUCGAGCGACAAACGGACACCCAGGUCGGCGAGCCGAGAGGCCUACAGGAGACGACCAGGACCGACCGCCGGAUUACUCGCAAACCGUUCGGGAGUUCAUCGAACGCGAAACGCACCGACAGCUCCGGAAGAGACUCGGGCGGUUGCCUCCGUGGAUCUGCACUCGCCGAUCAGAUGAGUCUGACGUUCCCGUCAGAACCCAUGGGUCCGAGUCUACCAGCCACCCCUCGCAGAUCUACUUGCUUCUCGUGGCGCAUACGUCGACAGGGUUCAAGAUCGGGCACGACGCACUGUCGGGGGCAACCAAGACCGGCGAACGUCGAUCGAAGCGACGAGACGUCGCAAACCGAGCUGCCACGGCGGCCCAGAGUCUGGUGGAUGCAUGCGUCGACGGAUUCAUUCGAGAGCUGCACGAUCCCCAACUGCAACCCGACUCCGUGACAGCCCUGCGCCAACCUUGCGUAGACGAGAAGAUGCGCGACCAGCUGGUAGUGUUCGAGGCGCUGGGAGGGAAACCCGGAGACGAGCAGAGAGAGGACGAGCGAUAUUGGAGCCUGCACACGUUGACGGCGCAAUGGGUGUGCCGGGAGAUGCUCGAGGAGUAA